AUGUUGAUUAAAGUCAAGACGCUCACAGGGAAGGAGAUUGAGCUCGAUAUCGACCCCGAUGACAAGAUCACCCGCAUAAAGGAGAAGGUGGAAGAGCAGUCCGGUGUGCCCCCGCCCCAGCAGCGGUUGAUUUUUGGUGGUCGGCAAAUGCCCGACGAUAAGACAGCGAAGGACUUCAAUAUCACAGCGGGGACUGUUCUUCAUCUCGUCCUAGCGCUCCGUGGAGGCUGCUAA